ACUUCCGGGUGUCUCUACUGUGGAAAUCCUUUUGCAUUUAAUGUUUCUAGUAUUUUCUAAGGAAAGCUCGUUACAAGUUUAGAAAAUGAACAGAAUAUUCGGACGUGGAAAGCCGAAAGGGCCUCCUCCUAAUCUGUCGGACUGUAUCGGCAAUGUGGAUGCGAGGGCAGAGUCCAUAGACAAGAAGGUUGCCAGACUAGAUGCUGAACUUGUGAAGUAUAAGGAUCAGAUGAAGAAGAUGAGGGAUGGACCCUCGAAGAACAUGGUCAAACAGAAGGCGAUGAGAGUCCUGAAGCAAAAGAGGAUGUAUGAAGGUCAAAGAGAGCAGCUUUCUCAGCAAUCUUUCAACAUGGAGCAGGCAAACUACACAAUACAGACUCUAAAGGACACAAAAACAACAGUGGAGGCCAUGAAGAUUGGUGCGAAAGAAAUGAAAAGAGCUUACAAGGACGUCAAACUUGAUCAGAUCGAUGAUCUUCAAGAUCAGCUUGAGGACAUGAUGGAGGAGGCCAACGAGGUACAAGAGGCCCUGAGCCGCAGCUACGGCACUCCAGAGAUCGAUGACGAUGAUCUUGAAGCGGAGCUGGAUGCACUGGGAGAUGAGCUGCUGCUUGAUGAUGACAGCACCUACUUGGACGAGGCCUCAGCUGCCCCGUCUAUCCCUGAGGGAAUGCCCAGUGACAGCAAAACAAACAAGGAUGGAGUUUUGGUGGACGAGUUCGGUCUGCCACAGAUUCCAGCCACAUAAAUCAGGAUUGGCUAAAAACUGCACUUCAAAUGAAAACACUUUUAUAUGUAAAGUAACAUUUAUACAUGCAGAACCAUUUGACCUGAGAACACUACGGUUGUGAAGCUGUGUUUGGGUUGUGUAUUGGUACCACUACUGUGCUAGCAUGUGGCCUUGGAACAUAAAGAAUCUUUUUUAAAAACAAUAAUCACAUUUUCUCCUCUGGUAUAACAGUUCUCAGAUUAUCUCUUUAGCAGCAUUACCUGGCUUUAUUUAUUUUGAAUGGUUUUACUUGAGUUUUGUGUGUUGUUUAGUCAUAAAACAUUUGUUUAAGCUGUGGAGAUGUUUCCACUGAGACUGAUCAAAUCUGCAAGUUAUUGGAAACAUGCUAAAUAAACGUGUUUUAAUGAAACCUCUAA